AUGUAUAUUUGUGUUAACUUAAUCACACUAACACUUAAUUAUUUUCUAACAAUUGAUGCUCCUACCUUACAGUUGAGUGAUGUAUUAUUCUAUUUCAGACGUUCAUCUGAUUCCACUGCAUCUAUGAAAGUUUUUUAUAUUGUGAAAAAUGUCUCCCUUGUUCGAGUUCUGACCAUUACUAGUGUGUUUCUUGAGGGUCUUUCUUCAAGAAUUCAAAGUGGUGAAUGGAGAGGAAAAUAUCACCUAUUUCAAAAUUUGAAGGAACUUCAAGUAGUCAUGGCAGAGUCAUCUUCCUGCAAUCCUAUUGACAUUGCUGUUUUUGUCAAGAGCUGCCCAUCAUUAGAGAAACUUCUGAUAGAGCUGGAUGAAAAUUCUGUGAGACGUCCACAAUACCCGCAAGAUUAUCACCGGAAAAUGGUGGAGGAAUACAAUCUAGGAGGCUUUCCGAACCUUAAAUUCGUCAAGCUAUCAAAAUUCAGAUUUCAACAACAUGAACUGAAGUUUGCACAGAUUUUCGUAGAGAAUGCAAUUAACUUGGAGAAAUUAAUUUUUGUUAGUGCCAAAUCUAGUGGUGCUACCGAUUUUAAUACUGCACGGCAAUAUUCAGACAUACUUAUAUAAGAAGUAUUUUCAUUGCUAUAAAGCAUGUAUCAGAGCCCAAGUAUAUGUUUAUGAUCAUCAUAAUGAUGCUAGUGAUCUUCAUCCUUUUCAUUGUAUGAGACAAUGAAG